CUCGAAACAUAAUAAAACCCUUCCAUUUGACCGGCUUGACCAACGAUUGAGCUCGGUUUGAAGCUUCGGAAAUUCGUUGAGCCCUACUCUUAUCUUCCCUCAAACCCUCUUUCUUUUUAUUUUUAUUUUCUACUGUUUUACUCUCUUGCUUCAAGUACCCAGAUAUGAGUCGUCACCCGGAGGUUCUUUGGGCUCAGCGCUCUGAUAAGGUAUAUCUUACGAUUUCUUUGCCUGAUGCGAAAGACAUUUCUGUUAAAUGUGACCCUCAGGGGCUGUUUAGCUUCUCUGCCAUGGGAGUGCAAGGAGAAUCCUUCGAUUUCAGUUUGGAGCUUUUUGGUAAAAUAGUUCCUGAGGGUUGCAAAACUAAUGUUGGGUUAAGGAAUAUAAUAUGCUCAAUCAUGAAAGAAGAAAAAGGGUGGUGGAAAAGAUUGUUAAAGUCAGAAGAGAAACCCGCGCCUUACAUCAAGGUUGAUUGGAACAAAUGGUGCGAUGAAGAUGAUGAAGAUCCAAAUUCUGAUUUGGCCUCUGAUGACGAUGAUGCCACGUAUGUUGGUCAAGAAGAAGAAAGCAGCGAUGAUGAAGGAUUGCUGUAUCUUCCAGAUUUGGAAAAGGCAAGAGGAAACUAAGUAACAAAUCCUAACUAACCAUUCAAAAGUUGAAGGUACUAAGCUUUUCUUGGUAGCUAUCCUAUUUCAUGUGGAAUUAUAUAUGUAUAAUUUGUACUUGAAAGUAAGGUUAACCGCGGAUUAAGAGCGCUAAAUAAUAGUGAGUAUGUUCAACUUUUUCCUUAUAUUUUGGAUGGUUAUAGUCUCA